CUGCAGUCUUCGUUUUAGGUGCUGCAAAAUAAACUGAAUUAGUUGGGGACCAUGGCUACAGACCCACUCUCGGAGCUUCAGGAUGACCUGAACUUGGAUGAUACCAACCAGUCCCUCAGCCAGCUCAAACUGGCCUCCAUAGACGAUAAGAGCUGGCCAGCAGACGAAGACCCUGCUUUUCCCACAUCAGAAGACUCCAAGAGCUCCCCCGAGCCGGUCACUCACCUGCAGUGGGAUGAUCCCUACUACGACAUCGCCAGGCACCACAUUGUGGAAGUAGCAGGUGAUGACAAAUAUGGGAGGAAAGUCAUUUUGUUCAGUGCCUGCCGGAUGCCCCCAAGUCAUCAACUUGAUCACGUGAAACUGCUAGGGUACCUGAAAUUCACACUGGACCAGUAUGUGGAGAGUGAUUACACACUGGUGUACCUGCACCAUGGCCUGACCAGUGAGAACAAGCCAUCCCUGAGCUGGCUGCGGGAUGCCUACAGGGAGUUUGAUCGCAAGUACAAGAAGAACAUCAAAGCCUUGUAUAUUGUGCAUCCAACCAUGUUCAUCAAGACCCUGUUGAUUCUCUUCAAACCUCUGAUCAGCUUUAAGUUUGGACGAAAGAUUUUUUAUGUGAACUUCCUUAGUGAGCUGGAGGAGUAUGUGAAGCUGGAACAGCUGGGGAUCCCAAGUCAAGUGCUGAAAUACGAUGAAUACCUGAGAUCUCUGCAGAAACCUUCACAAGUGCCCCAGAAACCAACCCCUCCGCGCCCACCACUGCCAAACCAGCAGUUUGGAGUCUCGCUCCAGCAUCUCAGGGAGAAGAGCCCUGAUCAGUCUCCUGUUCCUCUGGUGGUCAGAGACACCAUCGCUCAUUUGCAGGAGCAUGCUCUUGCUACAGAGGGCAUUUUCAGGAGAUCAGCAAAUACACAGGUGGUCAGGGAGGUCCAGCAAAAAUACAACAUGGGUGUGCCUGUAGAUUUCCAGCAGUAUGAAGAUGUCCACCUCCCUGCUGUGAUUCUCAAGACCUUCUUGAGGGAGCUACCUGAGCCCCUCCUCACUUUUGGCCUCUAUAGCCAUGUUGUCAGCUUCCAGAGUGUGGAGGAGGUGAAUCGUGUGGAUGUUGUUCGCAAAACACUCCAGACUCUGCCAGAAGAAAACUACCAAGUGCUCCGUUUACUGACAGCCUUUCUGGUGCAGGUCUCUGCUCACAGUGACAGAAACAAGAUGACAAACACCAACCUGGCCGUUGUGUUCGGCCCAAAUCUGCUGUGGGCCAAGGAUGUAGCCAUCACCCUAAAAGCCAUCAACCCCAUCAACACCUUUACCAAGUUCCUGCUGGACCACCAGAAGGAGCUCUUUGAGGAUGUGGAGGCCUGA